CUUGGUAAAGAUUUAUUUCCGAGUCCUAGGGUUUGCUUCCGGAGAGCGGGAAGGCUGAAACGCGGUGACUUGGUUACAGCUAGGCUUUCAGGUUUCUCGCUGGAGAAGGCUCGAGCCAUGGACAGGAAUGUCUUUGGAGAAAUGUCAUCCCCUGUCAUCCGGGAGGCAGAAGUGACAAGGACUGCAAAGAAACAGAGCGCUCAAAAAAGAGUUUUACUUAGGGCAUCCCAAGAUGAAAAUACUACUACACCAAGAAACCAGGCUAUCCCUCGAACUCCUGGCUCAUUUCGACUGCCUUUCACCCCACCAAACCGAAGCCUGUUGAGGCAUCCAGAUGUUUCCUGCAUUCUUGGAACAGGAAGAAGGUCUCCUCGAGUUACACAGUCUUCGGGGUUCUUGGGAAAUCUGUCUAUGGUAACUAAUCUAGAUGAUAGUAAUUGGGCUGCUGCAUUCUCCUCACAGCGCUCAGUUCUUUUCCCAAACACAGAACCCCACAGUGUAACAGAGGAUGUGACUCUCAGUGCAGUUAUGUUAAGAGAGGACGAUCCUGGAGAAGCUGCAUCCAUGAGUAUGUUUUCUGAUUUCCUGCAGUCUUUUUUGAAGCACUCUUCAACUACAGUUUUUGAUCUUGUAGAAGAGUAUGAAAACAUUUGUGCUAGUCAGGUGAAUAUACUGAGUAAAAUAGUGAACCGAGCAACACCUGGACUUCAAAAGUUUUCAAAAACAGCCAGUAUGCUCUGGCUUCUUCAACAGGAGAUGGUCACAUGGAGGCUGCUAGCUUCUUUGUAUAGAGACAGAUUACAGUGUGCAUUAGAAGAUGAAAAUAUGUUUGCAGUUACCGCUCUGAAUGCCAGUGAAAAAACAGUUGUGGAAGCUUUAUUUCAGAAGGAUUCACUUGUUCGACAAAGUCAGCUCGUGGUAGAUUGGUUAGAGAGCAUUGCCAAAGAUGAAAUUGGAGAUUUUUCGGAUAAUAUUGAGUUUUAUGCAAAAUCAGUCUAUUGGGAAAAUACUCUGCAUAGCUUGAAACAGCGGCAACUGUCUUCUUAUUUCGGAAGUUCCCGUCCUCUAGUCACCCAAUUGGAUCCUGAUGCUCCCAUAAGACAGAAGAUGCCCCUGGAUGACCUGGACAGAGAAGAUGAAGUCAGAUUACUCAAAUAUCUUUUCACUCUAAUUCGUGGUGGAAUGACAGAUGAGGCACAGAGACUCUGUAAACGUUGCGGUCAGGCAUGGAGAGCAGCAACACUUGAAGGCUGGAAACUAUAUCACGACCCUAAUGUUAACAGAGGAACUGAAUUUGAACCUGUUGAAGGGAAUCCAUAUAGGUGCAUUUGGAAAAUAAGUUGUUGGAGGAUGGCAGAAGAUGAGCUUUUCAACAAGUAUGAAAGAGCAAUCUAUGCAGCUUUAAGUGGGAAUCUGAAACAGUUGCUUCCUGUCUGUGACACUUGGGAAGAUACAGUGUGGGCCUACUUCCGGGUGAUGGUGGACAGUCUAGUAGAGCAGGAGAUCCGGACAUCAGUAAUAUCCCUGGAUAAAAUGGAAGAACUCCCUAGAGACUAUGUGGAGGCAAAUUGGACCUUAGAAAAAGUUUUCGAAGAACUCCAAGCUACUGAUAAAAAGAGAGUUCUGGAAGAGAAUCAAGAACAUUAUCAUGUAGUUCAAAAAUUCCUUAUCUUGGGAGACAUUGAUGGUUUGAUGGAUGAGUUCAGCAAAUGGCUUUCCAAAAGUAGAAAUAAUCUACCUGGACACCUCCUCCGCUUCAUGACUCACCUUAUUUUGUUUUUCCGCACUCUGGGACUACAGACCAAAGAAGAAGUUUCCAUUGAAAUUUUAAAAACAUACAUACAGCUGUUAAUAAAUGAGAAACAUUCAAAUCUUAUAGCAUUUUAUACUUGUCAUUUGCCACAAGACCUAGCUGUUGCCCAAUAUGCACUUUUCUUGGAAGGGGUUACAGAGUUCGAGCAACGUCAACACUGCCUGGAGCUAGCUAAAGAAGCAGAUUUGGAUAUUGCAACUAUAACAAAAACUGUCGUUGAGAAUACUCGAAAGAAAGAUAAUGGUGAAUUCAGUCAUCAUGACUUGGCUCCAGCUCUAGAUACUGGCACUACUGAGGAAGACCGUCUAAAGAUUGAUGUAAUUGACUGGUUGGUCUUUGACCCAGCACAAAGGGCAGAAGCAUUAAAACAAGGCAAUGCAAUAAUGAGAAAAUUCUUGGCAUCAAAAAAGCAUGAAGCUGCAAAAGAAGUAUUUGUGAAAAUUCCUCAGGAUUCUAUAGCAGAAAUUUAUAAUCAGUGGGAGGAACAAGGAAUGGAUAGUCCACUUCCUGCUGAAGAUGAUAAUGCCAUCAGAGAACAUUUAUGCAUUAGAGCUUAUCUGGAAGCUCAUGAAACCUUUAAUGAGUGGUUUAAACAUAUGAAUUCAGCUCCACAGAAACCAACUUUGAUACCUCAAGCCACUUUUACUGAGAAAGUGGCUCAUGAACACAAAGAAAAGAAAUUUGAGAUGGAUUACAGUAUUUGGAAAGGGCAUUUGGAUGCCCUAACUGCUGAUGUGAAGGAGAAAAUGUACAAUGUCUUACUGUUUGUUGAUGGAGGGUGGAUGGUAGAUGUUAGAGAGGAUGCUGAAGAAGACCCUGAAAGAACACACCAAAUGGUUUUACUGAGAAAGCUCUGUCUGCCGAUGUUGUGCUUUUUACUCCACACCAUACUGCAUAGUACUGGUCAGUAUCAGGAAUGCCUGCAGUUAGCAGAUAUGGUAUCCUCUGAGCGACACAAACUAUAUCUGGUAUUUUCUAAGGAAGAACUAAGGAAAUUACUACAGAAAUUAAGAGAAUCCUCUCUAAUGCUACUUGACCAGGGACUUGAUCCAUUAGGGUAUGAAAUUCAGUCAUAAUUUACCCUCUUUUUGUGAUCUCAUUAAUUUCCAUGACAAAUGGAGUUUUUGUAAAAUACCCAUAUUUGUAAAAACUUCUUUUACAUUA